AUGGACAACUCAACAGAAGCCCCGGGUGGAACCCCAAUGCAACACCGCUGGCUCCUUCCAACAUACCUCGUGGUUGGCAUCGCUGGACUAUUAGGCAACAGUCUUGUCAUCAUCAUCAUCUCAUCGGUCAGGAAGAUGCAGACGGUCACAAACUACUUCAUCCUCCACCAAUCCGCAAUAGACCUGACCAGUGCGGUCUUCGUACUGACCAUCCUCCUAUCGGAGACGGCUCUACCCGGGGAUUACAUCAUGCCCUCGGCUGCUUGCAAGUUGUGGUUCAACAAGUACCCGGUGUGGGCGUGCUAUAUGGCAUCGACUAUCAACCUAGUUGGGUUGACAUUGGAACGGUACCACGCCAUACUGCGCCCCCUUCACCAUGGGACAGUCUUCUGUCAGAGUCGGGUACUAAGAUUCUUUCCUCUAUGCUGGCUGUGCGGGUUUUUCCUGAUCAGCUAUCUGAUAUUCAUUUAUGACGUGACAGAGGGUAGCAUCUGCCAGAUCAGCCGAAUCGCCAUUGGGUUACAGGCGUCCCUAGGCAUCAGUACGGUGAUUUUCUACUACUUUGUCCCUCUGUGUGUGAUGAUCUUUGCCUACUGCAGUAUGCUCUGGGAGGUGAGGCGACAGUGGAAGACCACGACGGGAGAGCACAACCACGCCGACGUCGCAAGCAGGGAUCAAAGGAUGCGCCUCCGCGUGGAGAAGAACGUCCUCAAGGUAUUGGCGUUGGUCGUGGCCGUCUACGCUGUGUGCUGGAGCCCAAAUCAGCUCGCUUACCUGAACUACAACUUCGGGGGCUCACUGGACUUCAACGGUUGGUUCUACCACCUUUCCGUUGUGUUGAUUACGUGCAACAUGUGCAUUAACCCGUUCGUGUACGCCCUGAAGUACCAACAGUUUCGUGAGGGGAUGAUGCUUGUGUUUUGCCGGCGCCGCAAUGCCAUGGUACACAUCCGAGACGAUAGCGCCAGAGAGUCCGGUGUGCACAAUGCAAGCGGCACAAUGGCAGUUCAAAUGGAAAAUGGAUUCAGUAGCUAG